UAUGAAAUACAUCUUGACUGAGGAGCAUGUUCAAAUUCCUGAAAAGAUUGAGAUCACUUAGAAAUCUAAGAUUGUUAAAGUUAAGGGUAUUCACUCAUGUUUUAUCGUCUCUUAGGACCUAGAGGGGAAUUGUCAAAAAAUUUCAGACAUUCUGCUUUGGACAUCUAAGUUUAAAAGAAAGUGAAUAAGAAAACUAAUGUUGCCAAAUCAAGAGUCAGUGUUAGAAUGUGGCAAUCAUAUAGAAAAUAAAGAUGCCAAGUUAACUCAGUUGCCUCUCAAAUUAGAAACAUGAUUAGAGGUGUUACCACAGGUUAUAAAUUCAAAAUGGUUUUGGCAUAUGCUCACUUUCCAAUCAUUAUCAACCUAUUGGAUAAUGGAAAAACCAUUGAAAUCAAGAAUUUCCUUGGAGAAAAGAUCAUCAGAACAAUCAAAUGUCUUUCAGGUGUGACCAUCACCAGAAAUGAAUAAGAAGAAAAGAGUAUUCAAAUCUUAAUAUACACUUUAUAGAUGUUUUAACACUCUAAGGUAACGAUUUGAAUAAUGUUUCACUCACCUGUGCACUUAUUCAUCAAGCUUGUGCUGUUAAGAACAAGGAUAUUAGAUAAUUCUUGGAUGGAAUCUAUGUUAGUGAAAAGCGUCUAGAAAUUUGAUC